AUGCACGGUUUCUUUGCAAGCUGCACUGUGGCGGCGCUGCUGCUGGCUACAUGCCUGGCUAUCCCCCACCACCACCACCACCAGGGAGACCACGCGGAUUGCCAUGUGCUGUCCUCUCCCAAUGCAGAUUUUGGUUUUGCCCUUUACAAAAACCUACGAGCCAAAGCAGGCGCCGCGGAGAACAUCUUCUUCUCCCCGCUGGGCAUCUCCACCGCCCUAUCCUUAAUGUCCACAGGGGCACACGGUGAAACCCACAGCCAGAUGUUUUCCACCCUGGGCUACAGUGGCCAGGAGCAGGCUAAGAUCAACGACGCGUACAAGCAUCUUUUUGAGAUGCUCGCCCACCACGACCAAGAUCACCACCAGCAACUGGAUGUCAGUAACGCGGUGGCGAUCGACGACGGCUUCAGUCCCAGCGACGCCUUCAUGAAAAAUGCCAAGGAAUUCUACUCCGCUGAGGUCCUCAAGGUUGACUUUGGCAAAUCUCAAGAGGCGGCGGCCGAAAUCAACUCGUACAUCGCCAAUAAAACCCACAACAUGAUUAAAGAACACGUGAAGGAUUUGGACGAAGACAUGGCGAUGAUGCUGAUCAACACCGUCUACUUCAAAGGAGAGUGGUUCCAGCCCUUCAACAAAUCGUUGACGGGGAAGGCCGAUUUCCACGUGGACGAGACGACCAAAGUGGAAGUGGACAUGAUGAAGAGGACGGGUCGCUACGACAUGUAUUACGACAACGACAACGGCACCAUCAUCCUCCUGCUGCCUUACAAGAGCAACACUUCCAUGAUGAUCGUCCUGCCCGAUGAGGGAAAGAUGAAGGAUGUGGAGGGCUUCAUCAACAAGGACUACAUCGAGCACUGGCACAACUCUGUUUAUAGACAAUCCGUGGACGUUUUCCUGCCCAAGUUUUCCAUUUCCGCCAAAGCCGCGUUGGACAGCACAUUGAAAGAAAUGGGAAUAACCGCCGCUUUCGGAGACACUGCCGAUUUCUCCGGCAUUUCCGAUGAUGUCAAGCUGAAGCUGUCCAAGGCGUCCCACGAGGCCGUUCUGAACGUUGAUGAAACAGGAACCGAGGCAGCGGCCGUCACGACCCUGGAGGUGAUGCCGAUGAGUAUGCCGAUGAGGAUUAAAAUGGAUCGACCCUUCUUGGUCUUGAUCGUGGAGGACUCCACCAAGAGCGUUCUUUUCAUGGGCAAGAUCGCCAACCCCACAGCCAAGUAAAUAAAAGAGUGGUCCCUCAUUUAACGCUGGCCACGGGAGGCGACGUAAAAUUCAAAAAGAUCCAAGACGGUGGAUUCCACAAAUGUGUUUUUUAUAAGUCUUUCCAAAAGGUGACCAGAACCAAGCCAAAAGAUCCGAUUGUCUGAACACGACGACAAUGCAUUUUCGCAACGGUGGUGUACGCAUCACGAAUAAUGAUCGGCAAAAGAAUGAGCAAAUGGUGUGUGUGCUGUUUGAUCUUUGUUCAACUUGAUGAAAUAAAGAUGAUGAACAACGGUGCUA